AACUCUCUUUACGCAGUCCGGAUUCUCUGUGCCUGUUGUUCACAUUUCACAGACUGGGGGUGGGGUCUGUGCCCCUGCUUCUGCUUGUCCUCCUGCCGUUUUAAUACCUCCACUCCAUCCCUGCACCUCCUCAUUCCAGCGGAGAGUCAGCGCGAGGACAGAGACUCCCACAGAGCUGAGCGCGUUUUCACGUCCAGGCUCUCAUUCCUCACAGCGCUGAAAACAAUUCAAGGAUAAACUACAGCAACCCGUGAGCUCACCUUUACCAGCCCGGGACACCCUCUCUGCCUGUCUCUGUUUGACGGUAACGGGACUUUUUGGCGUAGAGGUUUUCUGCCUACCUGUCCCAUCCGCCGCUCCUCGGUACGUCCUGUCCGGACAGCAGCGUGCCCAGUUUGAUCCCGUUCCAGUCCGGUCCAGCUGUGAGCGACCCGUCUGCUGAUCGGUAUCAUCAGGAUGAAGAUGAGACAGCUCCGAGCUCUCAGUGGCUUCAUUCUGCUCAGCCUGGCAGUCCUCGCCAACGCCCGGCCCAAAGCAGGUCCAGAGCAGAAGUGUAAAUCUGGCCCGGUGGAUCUGGUCUUCCUCAUCGACAGCUCUCGCAGCGUCAGACCUCACGAGUUUGAGACCAUGAGGAAGUUCAUGAUCGACAUCCUCAACACCCUCGACAUUGGACUAAAUGCCACCAGAGUGGGCGUGGUUCAGUACUCCAGCCAGGUCCGUAGUGAGUUUUCUCUGAAGACUCAUGCCACCCUGGACUCCAUGAUAAAGGGCAUCAAUCAGAUCAUCCCGCUGGCUCAAGGCACCAUGACCGGACUCGCCAUCAAAUACGUGAUGAACUCGGCUUUCACUGCAGAGGAGGGAGACCGGCCGAAGGUCCCUAACGUGGCCGUGAUCGUGACCGAUGGCCGUCCUCAGGACCGUGUUGCCGAGGUGGCGGCUGAGGCCAGAGAGAAGGGCAUUGAGAUUUAUGCAGUGGGCGUGGCCAGAGCUGACAUGACAUCAUUGAGGGCCAUGGCGUCCCCACCGUUUGAAGACCACGUGUUCCUGGUGGAGACCUUCGACCUGAUUCACCAGUUCGGCCUUCAGUUCCAGGACAAGCUCUGUGGAGUGGAUCUGUGUCUGGAGUCUGACCACGGCUGUGAACACAUCUGUGAGAGCUCGCCGGGCUCCUACCAGUGUCUCUGUCUGCCCGGAUACACCCUGAAUGAGGACGGCAAGACCUGCACAGCCAUCGACCUUUGUGCCGAGGGGAAACACGACUGUGAGCAGGUGUGUGUCAGCUCUCCUGGUUCUUUCACCUGCGACUGCAACAAAGGAUACAAACUGAACGACGACAAGAAGACCUGCACAAUGAUCGACUUCUGUUCCUUUGGAAACCACAGUUGUGAUCAUGAGUGUGUGAGUGUGCUCAACGGCUAUCACUGCCGCUGUAAUGAAGGAUACAGGCUGCUGGACGACGGCAAGACCUGCCAGGCCAUUGACCUGUGCGCAGAGGGGAAACAUGACUGUGAACAAAUCUGCAUCAGCGCUCCCGGCGUCUUCACCUGUGACUGCAACGAAGGAUACACUCUGAAUGAGGACAAGAAGACCUGUGCACCCAUUGACCUGUGUGCGGAGGGAAAGCAUGACUGUGAACAAAUCUGUAUCAGCGCCCCGGGCGUCUUCACCUGUGACUGCAACAAAGGAUUCAAACUCAACAAAGACAAAAAGACAUGCACAAACAUGGACAUGUGUAACACAGUGGAGCAUGGCUGUGAGCAUCAGUGUGUGAGCACUCCAGGAUCCUACUACUGCAUCUGUCCAGAAGGAGAGCUGCUGCAGGACGACGGCAAGAGCUGCGGCACCUGUAAGUCUGCAAACAUUGACCUGGUUCUCCUAAUCGACGGCUCCAAGAGCGUCCGACCACAGAACUUUGAGCUGGUCAAACAGUUUGUGAACCAGGUAGUCGACUCUCUGGACGUGUCCGCUCACGGUACCAGGGUGGGUCUGGUUCAGUACUCCAGCAGAGUCCGGACAGAGUUUCCUCUUAACAUGUAUCACACCGCUGAUGAGAUCAAAGCUGCCGUCAUGAAGGUUGAUUACAUGGAGAAAGGAACGAUGACCGGCCUGGCUCUAAAGCACAUGUUGGAGAACAGCUUCUCUGAGGCCGAGGGAGCUCGUCCCGCCAGCCGUAACAUCCCCCGUAUUGGACUAGUCUUCACAGAUGGACGCUCACAGGACGACAUCACCGAGUACGCCAAGAAGGCCAAAGAAGCCGGUAUCACCAUGUACGCCGUGGGUGUGGGGAAAGCCGUAGAAGACGAGCUUCGUGAGAUCGCCUCUGACCCCGUGGAAAAACACUUCUACUACACCGCCGACUUCACCGCCAUCAGCACCAUCGCUGAGAACCUCAAACUCAACGUGUGUCCAGAAGAGAGUCAGGGGGAGAUCGAGGUGAAGGACCCGUGUGCCUGUGAGAGUCUGGUGGAGUUCCAGCAGGCGACCAUGAGCAGCCUGGAGCAGAUCACACAGAAACUGGCCGGGAUGAUGGCUCGUCUGGAGCAGCUGGAGAACCAGCUCCUCUCCAGGAAGUGAACACCAGGACACCACAGAAGAAGAGGGAGAACAGAACGAGGAGGAGGAGGGCACAUCCUGAAAACCUUUUAAAGAGGGAUCAGAAACCCUCGCAUCAAUGGACUAAACCAAAGAGUCUUUUCACAGAGGCCUUCACCAAGUCUGUCUUUAUGAAGAGGACUACAGGAGCCUGCAAGGACACUCAACCACGCAUAAUGUUUACUCCAUUUUCAUUUGAUAAUGCCUCGAUUACAGUCGUUUCCUCCAGAUGUUGACUCAUCUAUAUCCUUAAAACAGAUGAUACCGCUUUUCCUGUGAUAGUGACUAACUUUCAGUUUCUCACACUAGAAUCAGCAUUUGUAAUCUGAAUCUGAAUUUAAGGACAUAAAUAAGUCAAGAUCUUGAGAAAACAACCAGAAAAUACUUAUUUUUACAGGAAAAUGGUUCAAAAUGUAAAAUGUUAGCUAAGGGUUUUAAACAAACCAAAAAUGGAUCCAUCUAAGAUGCCUUAAAGAUUUCAACCUCCAUGCUCUGUUUAUGCUGAAAGGGGUCAGAAGGCAUGUCCUCUCUUUUAUAGAAUCAUUUCACUGUAGAUAAAAACACCAAACACUAAUGAGAAGCAGCUUCAUCCCAGCCUCACUUCCUGUCUAGGUGCCCUGUUUAUACUUGAUCUGUUUUGUACGGUUUGUGAAAUAUGAUGUAUUUAUAGCAGAUUGUUUUGGUUUUUUUAAGUAGAUUAGCAUCUUUUUCAAAAGAGGAGAUUUAAAAUGAAGUCUUAUUACCACUCCCAAUACCAAAUUGGUUAUUUUCUUACAAAAUAGAAAAAAGUGGAAGAAUCAGAGACCAUCUGGGCAGAGAUGAAAAUGUUUGGAGGAUUAAAAAAAGGGAAGCUGGUCAGUUUCAUCGUUCUCUAAAGCUGUGGUCUGUUAAUAAAGAAAAUACGGUGACUGAGACAGGACAGGAGGAAUUAUUCUACACUUCUUAUUCACUCUGCACUUUCUCAGAGUCUUGAACAUUUCUCUACAUAGGGGUCCAAACCACCCCUCACCAGGUCUAUAUUUCUUUGUUAUAUUUCCCAUGAUGUUGAUCAUAAAGGUGACUGUCGUGCCUUUUAUUGACCGCUCUGUGGUAAAAUAAUCCCAUCAGAUAAACAGGAGGCCUUACAGGGUACUGUAUGUAAAUGAAUGAACACCUAAACUACAGCAGGCUGUCUCUGUCUUGUAGUUAUGUAUAAAAGAUCACCAUAAAUGUAUCCCCCUUUAUAUUUGAAUGCUUGUAUGUUUUUGUAUAUUUUCUUAUAAAGUUACCUUUUUGUAUUUCUCUGAUGAAGCCCCGUAUAACAACACAGAGGGCAAUAAAAG